GCGCUCCCCGCCCGUCGCUCUCCGUCGGUUGUCUCGUUAGUCAGCCGCCGCCUCCUCAGCCGCCCGCUGUAGUCUUCGAGCUUGCGACUCGAGGACAAGCGUCCUCGGCGCGGAGAGGCCGGACUCGGAGUCGUCGCCUGAGUGCCUUUCAUCUGAGAAGUUCAGGGCACUUUGUAGAACUUCUGCUAUACAGGCCGUGGGUCUUGCAGCACAUUUGUAAGCAAUGGCUGCCAUCCGGAAGAAACUGGUGAUUGUUGGAGAUGGAGCCUGUGGCAAGACUUGCUUGCUCAUUGUCUUUAGCAAGGACCAGUUCCCAGAGGUGUAUGUCCCUACGGUGUUUGAGAACUAUGUGGCAGAUAUUGAAGUGGAUGGAAAGCAGGUAGAGUUGGCUUUGUGGGACACAGCUGGGCAGGAAGAUUAUGAUCGCUUGAGGCCUCUCUCCUACCCGGAUACCGACGUUAUACUGAUGUGUUUCUCCAUUGACAGCCCUGAUAGUUUAGAAAACAUCCCAGAAAAAUGGACUCCGGAAGUCAAGCAUUUCUGUCCCAACGUGCCCAUCAUCCUGGUUGGGAACAAGAAGGAUCUUCGAAACGACGAGCACACAAGGCGGGAGCUGGCCAAGAUGAAGCAGGAGCCAGUAAAACCCGAAGAAGGCAGAGAUAUGGCAAACAGGAUUGGUGCUUUUGGGUACAUGGAGUGUUCAGCAAAGACCAAAGAUGGAGUGAGGGAGGUUUUUGAAAUGGCCACGAGAGCUGCUCUGCAAGCCAGACGUGGGAAGAAAAAAUCUGGGUGCCUUGUCUUGUGAAACCCCUGCUGCAAGCACAGCCCUCAUGCGGUUAAUUUUGAAGUGCUGUUUAUUAAUCUUAGUGUAUGAUUACUGGCCUUUUUCAUUUAUCUAUAAUUUACCUAAGAUUACAAAUCAGAAGUCAUCUUGCUACCAGUAUUUAGAAGCCAACCAUGAUUAUUAAUGAUGUCCAACCCACCUGACCCACCAGGGUCCUUCUGACACUGCUCUUAACAGCCCUCCUCUGCACUCCCACCUGACACACCAGGCGCUAAUUCAAGGAAUUUCUUAACUUCUUGCUUCUUUCUAGAAAGAGAAACUGUUGGUAACUUUUGUGAAUUAAGCUGUAACUACUUUAUAACUAACAUGUCCUGUCUGUCAUCUAUCAGCUGCAAGGUACUCUGGUGAGUCACCACUUCAGAGCUUUACUCCUUUUAACAGAUUUCAUUGGCAUAGCUCUGAGUGGCUAUCCAGUUUUUUGAAAAUGUGCUCAGCCAGAAAGGCCCAAGUCCACGCAGCUGUGGUAAAGUUACAGUUCUGUGGUUUCAUGUUAGUUACCUUAUAGUUACUGUGUAAUUAGUGCCGCUUAAUGUAUGUUACCAAAAAUAAAUAUAUCUACCCC